AGCAGGGGGCGGUGCUGCGCCUGUAACCCUGCUUCCUUCAUGGACACAGAAGAAGGAGAAGAAUCCUCAGUGCGCAUGUCUGCUUCUCGGAGGAUAAACAAACAGCCUCGGGACUCAGGUGAUAAAUAAAGACUCACACUCAGAUGUGACGAUGGGGAAGUCUUUCUCCCUCCUCUCGAAGCAGACCGAUGAGGGUCAGGACAGCAUGACGUCUCCUCUGGAGGAAGAAGAGACGGAGGACGGGAAGGUCGGAGACGUCUCGGCGUUCCCGUACUUUGAAUUCACGGGACGGGACAGUGUGACGUGUCCCACCUGUCAGGGCACCGGCCGGAUCCCCAGAGGACAAGAGAACCAACUGGUGGCUCUGAUCCCCUACAGCGACCAGAGGCUCCGGCCCCGCAGGACAAAGUUGUACGUGUCAGCGUCCGUGCUGCUCUGCCUGCUGCUGUCCAGCCUCGCCGUCUUCUUCCUCUUCCCGCGCUCCAUCGAUGUUUCCUAUGUAGGCGUGAAGUCGGUGUUCGUCAGCUACGACCUGGAGAAGCGCAGCGUCUACCUCAACAUCACGAACACUCUGAACAUCACCAACAACAACUACUACUCGGUGCAGGUCGCCAACAUCACAGCGCAGGUGCAGUUUGCGCGGUCCGUGAUCGGAAAGACUCGCAUUAGCAACAUGAUGUACAUCAGCCCUCUGGACAUGAAGCAGAUGGAUUACAUGGUCCCCACCAUCAUUGCAGACGAGAUGAACUACAUGUAUGACUACUGCACGCUGCAGACCAUCAGGGUACACAACAUCGUGGUGAUGAUGCAGGUGACCGUCACCACCACAUACUUUGGUCACGCGGAGCAGGUUUCUCAGGAGAUGUAUCAGUACGUGGACUGUGGAGGAAACACCACCUCCGUCAGGGCGGGGGGCUCAACCUUCAGCCUGCAGCAGCCUAAUGCGUAAACCCCACCACCACCUGCUAACAGUUGAUCACAUCAACACUAAGACAAACAGAAAGCAGUCAUCAUCGCUCCAAACUCCGGUCCGAGGGCGGCGUGCUCUUUGGUCCAGCGCUGGAGUUAGAGGUGUGUGUGUGUGUGUGUGUGUGUGUGUGUGUGUGUGUGUGUGUGUGUGUGUGUGUGUGUGUGUGUGUGUGUGUGUGUGUGUGUGUGUGUGUGUGUGUGUGUGUGUGUGUGUGUGUGUGUGUGUGUGUGUGUGUGUGUGUGUGUGUGUGUGUGUGUGUGUGUGUGUGUGUGUGUGUGUCAAUAAGAAACCCUUCAAGAAAUAAAUGCAUUUCAAUGUUCUCUGAAUUAUUGGCUUAGAAAUCUAAAUGAUUUUCCAAAUUCUUCUGAGAAGUGUCCCCGCCUCACGUCAGUAUUAAAGUGGCGUCACAAAGACCUGUUUGAGAGGAAAACAUGAAGGUGUUAAACGGUGAAAGCUUGAUGGAGACAUCAAGCACUUUAUUCUCCCCGAGCUCUGACGCAACUCAAAGUUAGGAGGGUUUUAAUAAGCUGAUUUUCCGCUGACUCACCGCUCAUUAUCACAGGACACAUUUCGAUAUGUUGUCUUUAACUUUGAGAACAAGUGAAGGAACCUGUGCUACCUUUAUUUUUAAGAUAGAAGUUGGAAAAAUCUUCUUAGCUAGCCGGCUAGCUGCUGCCGGCUUAUAACCACUGUUUAGACGGAGGUGAGAUCCACUACACACAGCCCGUUGAGCAGAGGGUUUAUCCAACACUAUGCAUACAGUUAGUCAGACUGUGAACCACAGGGUAAUAGAAGUGCAAUAAAGAUGUUUAAACAUUAAUGAAAGAGGAUUUUUCACCUCUCUACCGAUAGAGCGGAUUGUUUUAACUGAAUAUCAAAUGUUGAAUUAGCUCUUCCUCCCAGAUGUUGUUCUGCUGUAGGGAUUACUCUGACCAAAAACACCAAAAGAGGACAAAAUAAAUGGUAAACAGAGAGUAGAAAAGGUUAACCGGCCGGAGUUUCUGCUUCAUAACUGACAAACGUUUGUAUAAUUAGCUAAAUAUGACUAAAUAUUAAUUCAGUUUACCAUUUAAGUUUGCUAUGUUUUAAAAUCCGUGCACAAUUAUUUAAAACACUAAUUGUGUAUUUUUAUUUUUAAUGACAACACAAACAUUCCUGCUCAAAUUCUAACAGCCUAAUGUUUACCAUGUCCUGCUGAUGGAUCUCCUGGGCCGUUACUUCUGGCUUCAUGCUGAUUUCUGUGUUCUGCCUAAUAAUCACUUUUUCUACUUUAACGUAAGAAAUAUUUUGACCUCUUCAUUUAUUUUGUAGAUUAAACACUUUUUGGACCAACAAAAAACAUAGUUGAUGAAUGAUGUGAGCACGAUGUUGUAGAUGUUCUCACUGACGGUUGUUUGGUCCGAUGCAUGUUGGUACCCUAACGGCCCCACCUCGGAGACCCUCAUUCAUACUGACUGUUUGUAGUGGGAGCAUUAAUAAAGUUUUACCGCCUAAA